GAGCAAGAAACCUGAUAUUUGACAAUUGCCAAUAAAUACGUCACCAGUUUUUCCUGUUGACGUGUUUUAAAAUUUUCAAACGAAAAGUGAAAUUUAAAGGCACCGACGUUACUUCAAUGGUUAAAAAUUAAACCAUUUUGCUAAUAUUAAUCUAAAUAUAUACCCCCUUCCGAACAACAAGCAAUGUCUCCAUCGGCGAAGAAACUGAACGUAAGAGACAAGGUCGAAGAUGGAGAAAUGGAUCUGAGCAUGUUAGAUUUACAAGAGGUCCCCAUUAAAGAGAUCAUUUCGAUUAAAAAAGUGCACACCUUAGAUUUGUCAAACAAUCACAUAUCUUCGUUACCAACGAAUUUUUCUACUUUACAUUGUCUGACCAAGUUAGAUCUUAGUAAAAAUAAACUUACGGAGUUACCAGACAACUUUGGAGAUUUAGUCAAGUUAAAACAUUUGGAUUUGUAUCGAAAUCAGCUGCAGCAUCUUCCUCUGAACUUCAGCAAGCUAAGGGCGUUGCGUUGGCUGGAUUUAAAAGACAACCCCUUGGUUCCUGCAAUAGCGAAUAUUGCAGGUCCUUGCCUCGAAACGAAGCAGUGUCAAGACUGUGCGAGGAAUAUUGUUGCAUUUUAUACUAAGCUCGAACAGAAAGUCGAGCACGAGAAGAAUCUUAGAGAGGAGCAACGACAGAAAAACCUGCAGGCAAAUAUGGAAAAAUCGAAGAAGGAGAAGGCUAAGAAACCAAAGAAAGAAAAACUUGCACCUGUGAAAGACGUUGCACAAGCCGCCACAGUAACUAAGUCGGCGGAAAAAAGCAGUAAUUCUAAGAAAAACUCUUCCAAAAACAAGAAACAUACCAAACCGAGUGUUUUCACUUCGAUUAAACGCUUUUUUGCGAUUUCGUUCCUGUUAUUAUUAACAAUGUUUGUUUUAACUGCCGCUAAAAUUGAGUUUAUGAAGUCAUUGGAAGACAAGGCGGUCGAAAUUUGGUAUAGCGGUGUCGAUAGGUUGCCAAAUAAUCUUCAGGGUAUUGGAUUGGAGGUGGGAAGGACGAUAAAGUUGCUACACGAUUUUACCGCCAAAGGCGUGGUGAGCGUAUCAGGGUAUGUCAACGAAUUGGGUAACAAUCAUAGUGUUAAUGUUAUAUUGACUGAAAUGUCGCAAGUUUUCAAAAAUGCUACUUUAACGGCAAGUAAAAUAUAUCUUAAAGUUUUUGGGAAAUAAAUGCCAUAAUUCUUA